AUGGCAAUUAUAGGACUUUUGCCUCUUUUUGAUCCACCCAAGCACAACGGUGCUGAGACAAUCAGAAGGGCCCUGAAUCUUGGGGUGAAUGUUAAGAUGAUUACGGAGGAUCAGCUAGCAAUAGCAAAGGAAACAGGGUGUUGUCUGGGAAUGGGUACCAACAUGUAUCAUUCAUCUUCUUUACUAGGAAAUAACAAAGACGAGUCAAUUGUUGCAUUGCCUGUUGAUGAGCUAAUUGAAAAGGCUGAUGGCUUUGCUGGUGUUUUCCGUAGUAUUCACAAAAAGUUGCUUCCGAGAGGGCAUAAGGAUUCUACUGUUGUUGCUGAUGUUUAG